AUGUCAACAGCCCGGUAUGAGGGAUACUCUCUCUACUUCUCGAUGGAUGCGGGUGAACUUAUCAUCAAGGCGCGAGCUGAGCGUCAAGUAUUACAGCUCAUUGCGCACGAGAAGCUAGCCGGAGACUUCCCGGAGACUUUAGUCUCUGGCUAUGCGCAUUGGCUUGAUUUGGAGAGCGGGACGCUCGAGUUCCGUCCAUUAGAGCAUGCAUGGGCCCCGCAAUCGACAGAGUGGCAUCUUUCAAUUGAUUCAAUUUCAGGAAAAAUAUCGUCCAUGACCUCAGGUCACCAAACAAUGGUUGACAUCAAUAGCCAGCUUUUCAAACGGGUGGCAGGUGUUCUCGGUGUAUUAGAUGCUCCUAGUCACAUCCAUAUCGUUCAGACGAGAAAAGGUGAUGAAAUAACAGUCGAGAUUCACUUGGUCAGGCUUCGACUGAAGUUUUUUAUAAACCAGGAUGGCGAUCUGGAGUCUCGGGAAUUUAAUGCAAAGGUCGAUCAAAACCAGGACAUAGGAUGUCUAUAUGGUCUGAAGAACAAGCUUGUGCUUCUUGACUCCCGGAGAAGAUGCCGCUCCGUUUUGAUACCGUAUGGUGAUGUGCAGCUGUUCAAAGUCAAACGCCAAACUGUCGUGUCUGUCAACCCACCUGAAGAGCCUCGCCUGCGGUGUUUCCACUACUCUUUUGAUCAUCAUCUUAAGGUGCUACAAGGAUCAUUCGAUAUGUUGGAGAUACUGUAUCUAGCAUAUGUGCAUGCAGUCACAAGCUAUAUCCUUCCUGAUCCUGCAACGGAGCGAUCGGGAACAGCGGAGGCCAUUCGCAUUCUGCGACAGGCAUGUCUGAGAACCUCUUUUCCACUCAACUGCGAGACGGUUGCGCUCUUGAAGAAGAUUGCAGCUCUUACUCCUAGACGUCGCUACUAUCCUGACCAUUUGAAGUCUAUGCAGACAGUCUCGUGGAACAGUGAGCUUGGCGAACUGGCCCAACACGACGAUUUUAGAGCGCUUACACAAGAAAUCGUGGAGCAUGCUAGCAGAUUGAGUACACUCCAUGGGAUGAGUGAGACUGAGUGCGAUCAAAUGGCCAACUGCUACAAGGAUUGUGGAGAUCUCCACCUUCUCGAAAGAGCCCGUUCUCGAAAUUCGCAGUUCUUCUACUCUGAGCUUGGAGGGGGAUCGGUGCAUCGAAUGCCUCGGCCAUCUUUGUAUCGCUCUCGGGAUCGCGAGUUCCAGAGCGAGCGAAGUCACCGCGUCUACAAAGUCGCAACCCUUGUCAGAAGCUGGCAGCCGUGUCUAUCGCACUGCGUUGAUCUUCUCGGAAGUAUUGGAAGUUGGGAAAGCGUCCGUCCAUCAGGACCCCCUUUAAAGGAGGCUAGCUGUACAGAACUUCUACGACUGUCCUUUAGAGACGCAUGGGGCUCUCUGUAUGAGCUUUGCCGGUCUAGCGAUCAGGCAAGAGACUCAUACAGCCUCAUGUCUCUCUUUUGCACGAUUGCAUUUUCUGGAAAAGAGGAACAGCAUAUUUAUUCACUUUUGGCUGUCGCGUUUUCUACUCAGUUCGAGGACCUUCCUGUUCCUCCAAGCGAGCAACAAAUUCUUAACCUGCAACUGGGCGAGUGUUUCGAUGAAGAAAUGAUCAAAGAAGCGAUAGAAAGGAAUUACAGUCAAUUCUUGCAUCCCGGUGCGGGUACAAAUUCCAAAGCACAAAAACGAGCGGCUAAGGAACGAAAAGCACAAUAUGAUCUACAGAAAGACAAUGAUCUACAGACUUCCUCCGAGGCAGUGAAAAGGCAAUGGCCCUGCGAAAUGCCUCUGUUGCCAGAAAUCGAAAGGGUCAAUACAAGAGGGGCCUCGCAAGCAUGUUCACUUUUGUGCACCCAAUGGUACCAAAAUCGCCAGUUCUUAAGCUUUCUUCGCUCGGUGCAAGAGAAACUCAGUACUAUGGAAGUUGAAGGGCCUUUGACAGACUUAGCAGUCCCGUCCACACCACCACUAGAUUCGUUUGUCCCUGGCCGUCCAUUUCUGCCUCCCAGCCUUUUUGACAUUCUGUCAUCAUCCAGUCCGACCAGCCUGCCGACAGAGAGUCCUCCUCUCAUAUUCCAUCGGCACUGUAUCCCGCAACGCUAUAAUAGCGACAUGAAUACAGAGCUUCGCUCUUUGAUAUCCGAUUUCCGGAACAAUGUAAAUGCGUGUCAGCGCGAGCUUGGAGAAGGGCUUGAGGAAAGCUUAGACUCUCUGGAAAAAGCGGACCUACCUUGCUCUUCUCCGUCGCUGCCUGUGGGUCGAAAUGUCAUUGUCGGAUAUUGUGACUUCCAAAGGAAGCAAAGAGACGCAAUCUGGAACGCGAUUGAAGAGACCUUGCACUCGACCGAACACGGCUGGGAAGAGGUUUCUGGAACCGUUUUGAUGACGCAGGUUACCAGUCACUCAUUGUUGUCACUUCUCGCGACGGAACGCUGGCAUUUGGUACCUGAAGCAUGGAAAAACAACAUUUUAACGUUUGCAAGAAGUAUCAAUUUCUUACGCCGAGCUGACCGUCUCCUGAGUUGUUAUGAUCGGAAUGAUAUUGAUGGCUUUUUCAAAGAAGCAGAGAGUGUCAGCGAGGAAGGGUGGGAGGCUCUGGAAUACCCAGGCUGGCUGCUUUUUGAGAUUGAAAAUAAUCUCACCAUCCGAAAGUCACAGGCAGAUGUAGCUCUCAAUAUCAUCAGCCCCAUGACCCAGUCGAAUUCAGUCAUGCAACUAAACAUGGGCGAAGGGAAAACUUCGGUCAUAACACCAUUAGUGGCUUCGGUUCUCGCAGAUGGUGAGAAUCUGCUUCGAAUUUUUGUCUUGAAGCCUCUGUUGCGGCAAAGCGUGAAUCUCCUCUCUCAACGCCUCGGUGGAAUGCUUGGUCGGCGCAUUUACCAUAUACCGUUUGCAAGAGACACCGAUCUGGACAAAAAUACAUUGGAUCAACUGCACCAAACAUAUGUUGAAUGUCAGAAACAAAAUGGGAUCUUGAUAGUAUUACCGGAGCAAGUCUUAUCAUUUCGCCUUGUCGGUCUGGAUUUGAUGAAUAGAGAUCCCGCUUUAGCUCCUCAAGCGAUAGGACUUGAAAGAUGGCUUCAAUCCAACUGCCGGAACGUCCUCGACGAGAGCGAUGAAGUCCUCGAUCCUAAGUUUCAACUCGUGUAUACUGUCGGCAGCCAGCAGACAGUGGAUGGGCACAGCGAUCGUUGGGAUAUAAUUCAGUCAUUGCUUGCAUUGGUGGAUAGUCAAGCCGAAAAGAUACGCCUGGAAGACCCGAAUUGCCUGGAUAUUGAACGCAGUGGUACUCGCUAUCCAAUCCUCCAUUUUCUGAGACCGGAGACAGCCGAUACAAUUAUUUCGAAAAUCUUGAAUGUCAUAAAUGAGGAAGGACUGCCAGGCCUUCCAAUAAAUCAGUGGGCUGGGCGAGUUCGCAGAAGUGCGUUAGAUUUCAUCCGCUUCAUUGACACCACGAAUGGGUGUAGGAACAUCCUUCGUGAGACAUUCCAGGAUGGCGUUUUCCUGCGCAAGCUGCUUGUCUUGCGAGGUCUGCUAGCCCAUAACAUUUUGAAGUUUACGCUGGCUGGAAAGCGCUGGUUGGUCGAUUAUGGGCUUCAUAGGUCCCGUUGUUUGAUGGCUGUUCCAUUCCGAGCCAAAGGUAUCCCUUCCGAGAACGCUGAGUUUGGUCACCCUGAUGUCGCCAUCACAUUGACUUGCCUGAGCUACUAUUAUCACGGGCUCACUGUCCAGCAAGUACGGCAUUGCUUCACGCUGCUGAGCAAGGAGAAUGACCCUUCGGCGCAAUAUCAUGAUUGGAUUUCCAACGGCCUGACUAACCUUCCUCCAGCGCUGAGAGCGAUUAGUGGAGUGAAUCUUGAGGAUACACAGGUCUUCUGCAGAACCCUCUACCCACAUCUGAGGUAUCAGAAGUGUAUCAUAGACUUCUAUCUCUCGCAGGUCGUGUUCCCAAAGGAGGCCAAAGAAUUUCCGCAGAAGCUCUGCGCUUCUGCGUGGGACAUACCUUCGCAAAAAGACCAACCACUCACGACUGGGUUUAGUGGUACCAACGAUAAUCGGCUUCUUCUGCCGAGGUCGACACCUCAGUGUGAUCUCCCUCAUCUGCUGCAUACAAACGCAAUGGUCAUUAGUUGUCUACUGAGGGAGGAAAACCGCUCAUGCAUUCUAGCGCAGGAUCGGGGAGGCCGACAGCUUUCUACGACGCACCUCAUUGCUUUGGUCAAGACUCAGUGUCCAUCAGUACGUGUCAUAAUUGACGUCGGAGCGCAGAUUCUGGAGUCUAGCAAUCGAUGGGUUGCCAAUCAUUGGCUUUCCAUUGCUGAUGAUGCAGACGGGGCCAUAUUCUUCGACGAGAAUGACGAACCAGCGGUAGUUGAUCGUGAGGGUCACGUGGAAAGGCUGCUGUGUUCGCCGUUUCGGCAAAGGAUGCACAGAUGUCUGGUCUUUUUGGAUCAACAGCACGCCCGCGGUGUUGAUUUGAAACUUCCCUCCACAUAUCGAGCCGCUGUGACCAUCGGGCCUCGUUUAACGAAAGACAGACUUGUUCAAGGUGAGUGCGUUUCUAGAAUGGUGACACAAUAUUCUGACUUUGGUAAAGCAUGUGGCAGACUGCGUGCCCUUGGAGUUGGCCAGUCUGUCGUAUUUCUAAUCCCACCCGAGGUCAGUCAUAGCAUGCGCCGAGAAAAUGAUCUUGUGACCUCGCUUGACGUGAUUCGAUGGGCACUCAUGCAAACUUGCGAUACUCUGCAAAGCUUGAAACCUCUUUGGGCCUCACAAGGCUUGCAGUAUUAUAAGAAGAGCAGAUUGUGGGGUAGUCUCAUUGAGGAUAGUACACCUGCCCAAGAUGUCGUUUCAUGCAUUCAGGAGCCCGAAGCGCAAACUUUAUCUCAGCUUUAUGAUCCGUCGGACGUUCCUAGGGCCUCAAGUCUGAAUGAGUAUAUAGAUCCAAGUGAUCUCGUCGUCCGUGAGCUUCUCAUGGCGCGAUCAUCUGCUAUAAACGGGAAUGCGGGUGGCCCUACUCUACACGAAGAGCAGGAGCGUCAGAUAACUCACGAAGUGCAGAGAGAACAGCAGGUCUGUCGCCCGCCGAAGCAAACACCACUUCUUCAUCAUGUGCAUAAAGACAUUCGUCACUUUGUGACGCAUGGUAAAUUUCAGGACGAGGGCACAGCUGCAGCCUAUUUGGCAUUUGACAGCCUCCGGAAGACCUCUGCUGGGCAAUUCAAUCUACCACAAUCCUUGGGCUCUCGACUUUUUACAUCGGAUGACUUUGUCAAAACAGUCAAACGGGCCAAAAACACAGUGGAUGACCAGUUUUUGAAGCCUGUUCACUGGAUACUAUCUAAUAUCCAUAACCAUGACUUGCUGCUCUUGAGCCAACAUGAGGUCAACGAACUUCUGCCUGACAUAAGAAUGUCAAAACAAGCAAGUUUGCAUGUCUACUCUCCGAAGAGAAGUAAGACUAUGUGGUCUUUUAAUGACCUCGCUUUCCUCGCUGUCGGCGAAAGACGCAAUGCAUGGCAUUGGCCACCUGAGUUAAUUCAAGACCUAGCAUUGUUCUCAGGGAAUCUUUACUUCGAGACCUUCUCAGCAUAUGAAAACUUUCGGCAAUUUUUGGGUCUCGUGACGGGAUCAUGCAGCAAUAUUCCAGAAGGCCGAGUCACGAAUGAAGGUUUUGUUGAUGAGGUAACGCGGCGACUAGUUGGCUGGCCCACACAAUCUCCCUUCAUGUGCAGCCCUUUGCCAUUCCUAAGAGCACUUUUCAACCUCAGAAGCAAAGGGCAUGGAUACUCCCAAACCCACAUUGGUAUGGUUCUAGAUGUUAGGGUACUGUCGGCCAAUCAUUUCUAG